AUGAAGGAGGUUAGCUACCACGACGAGAAAAUGGAGGUGUACUGCAAUGCAGUGUGUCACCUCGAAGACAAGUUCGAUGAGCUAGAGCUUUACCACAUCACGCGCAAGUACAACGAGGGAGCGGACGAACUGGCCAAGAUCAUGUCCGGGCGGACCACUGUUCCCCCGAACGUCUUCGCCCGCGACCUUACCAAGCCAUCCGCCGACUUCAAGAAUCCUACGGAAGCCAUCGGAGCAGCACCCAAACCCUUGGGGGCUGCGACCACAGAGCCAUCAGCCAAAUACCCCUCGACGGAGGAGUCCGAGGCCAUGAACACCGACAUCGAGACCUCCUCGGUGGACGAGGCUGAAGCAAUGGAGAUCGACGAAGCCCCGCCUCUGCGAGAUUGGCGUACCCAGUAUCUUGACUGGAUGAUCCGGGGGAUCCUAUCCUCGGACUGUGCUCAGACACGGCGCAUCGCUGGGCGGGCCAAGUCCUUUGGCAAGGAGCUAAUCCGAGACAUCCACGCCAGCAUCUGCGGUCACCACACCGCGCCGCGCACCCUCGUGGGCAACGCGUUUGGGCAGGGCUUUUACUAG